AUGGACGCCUCUUCGCGCUCGAGAGCAGAUACGUCGAAGCAGUCGGAUCAAGGAGCUCCACCGAGCCCUUGGAAGCCAACUCAGCCACUUUUCCAGGGCGAUCCGAACGCAGAUGUCAUCCUACAGUCAAUGGAUGAAUUCGAGUUCCGCGUCCAGAAGAACAUCCUGGUGAUCGUCUCCCCACUCUUUCGCGACAUGUUCAGCGUGGGCGGACCAAGCGAAAGGGUACCGACGGAGGAGACAACGCAGAUCCCUGAGCUACGCGCUGUUCCGAUGCUGGAGGAGACAGGCGACGUCGUCGAGAAGCUGCUGCAGCUGUGCUACCCCGGCCCGCUCGAACCCCCAACGUGGAGUGGUGCAACAGAUGUUUACCCCGUCCUAGCAGCGGCUAUCAAAUACCAAGUCGAAGGUGUGGUGGGCGUGCUCAGAAAAGCCUUGGUCUCACGGAAAUUCUUGGAGGAAGAACCUUUGCGUGUUUUUGCAAUGGCGUGCAGAGCCCGCUUGCAGGAGGAAGCUCGAACGGCGGCGCAACAGACCUUGAGAAUAUCUGACAUAGGCAUGUCACAGGAGAUCGACGAAUUCCAGUUCAUAUCUGGACGUACCUUCUACCGCCUGUUAAAAUAUCGCUCUGAAUGCAGAACUGCCGCCCCGACGGUUGUAGCUAAUGGAGAGAGCAUGGCUUGGGACACGAGGAGGGACUGGGUCUGGAUAGCGUGCAAGGCCUCCAACGGAGCAUGUGCCGCAAAACAUAGGACUUCCAUCGAGUCCAUCCAUUAUCACUGCGGAGUAUCGGGAUGGUGGAAUAAUUAUUGCUCCCAAGCUGUUUCAGCUCUAGAUGCCUCACCCCGGGGGGAGUCUGUUACUGCUGCAGCCAUCCUAACGCCUGCUCUCUCCGAAGCACUGAAGUGCACAUACUGCUCUUCCAAGGCUUUACAACACCUGCAAGAAUUCAGCGGCUUGCUUGCCCAGGAAGUCGACAAGAAGACCAGGGAGAUCGCCGAUACCUAUGACUUCUGCGCCUAA